CUAUCUUCGUCUCAUUCAGACGUUUCAUUGUUGUCACUUUGAUUGAAUUAUCGUUUCCCUUCUUUCUCCUCUCACACGCUCAAACUAUAUUUCUCUUUCCUUCUCGGGGGUAAGCAUAAAGUGAGGUUAUGUAUCUACGACGGGCUCUGCAACGUCGUAGCGCGGUGAUUUUCUUAACCGGCAAGAGAGAGAAAUAAAUGACGCAGAUCUUUCAUAAGUGUGCGCGAGGAUGGUGAAAAAUAAGACGAUGGAACCGUUUGCGUAAAUAAGAGAGAGAGAGAGAGAGAGAGAGAAAGAAAGAGGAGAGAACGAGAGAGAGAGAGAGAGAGAGAGAGUGUGUGCGUUCCGAUUGAAAUAAUUACGUGUCAUUGAUAUCGGAGUACAUCUAACCUUUUGAUGAAGUCGAUAAGUCGUUAAAGAGAGAGGCAAUAUGCUGUGGGAUACGUGAAGGAGCCCUUGGAAUCUUGCAUAUUCAAUAUGAUAAGCAUCUACCAGUGAAGAACGUAGCUGCGGGCAGCUUAUAGUUACAUAAAAUGACCAAAGAUGUCCUCACGAUAAUGAUACGGUACAUUUAGAAUGUACAAAAUUGUUUAUACUAUAUUCGUGGGAUAAAAUGUCUCAGGUAGAGAAAAGAAUUUAAAUUUAUUUACAUUAAAAUGGCAGAAACUAGUACAGAAAAUACCGCAAAAAUUAGGAAAGUAGUAGAUGCUGAAGAAACUAUAAAUGCAAACGCUAUGUGUUUAAUGAAUAAAGAAACAAAGUCUAACGAAGAAGAACCGGAACAAAUUUCAUCUUUAGAAGAAAAUGAUAAUAAUGAGAAAUCUUCAAAUUCCACUGAUGCAUUCCCAUCGCCUACAAAAUGCAGCGAAGAUAUCACCUUAAAAAAUACAAAAGAUAACUCUUGCGUACCUUGUUCUACCAAUGACAAUACGUUAAAGAUUGACAAACCGACAAAUCAAGUUAGCAACGUAAAGGACGUUGAAGACACUGUGCAAGAGAAAAUCCAAGAAAAUAGUUCUGAAAAUGAAAAUAGUAACACCGCAAUGGUCUCCGAAGAAAUUGAAAAGUCCAACGAAGGUACAGAGGCAGAUUGUAAGGACGAGAAACAUACGGAUACGGAACAAACGACCGAUCGUUUGGAAUCUCUAAUGACUGAUGCGAGUGAAGAAAAGGUGCUUGAAAAUGUAGAAAUAAGAAAAGAGAUUAAUAAGGAUAAUUUUAAUACGGACGACGAGCUUUCCAUGGAGGAAGAAACGCGAGAAUUAAAAAAAGAAUCGAUCGAAAAGAAAACGUCCGUAAAGAUCGACGAAGAAUUAGAAGUUGGGAUAGUCGGUCCACCUACCGCGGUUAGUGAUCUGAUAAACGAGGAAGAACUGCAUGGAGAAUCUGCUUUAUCGGCAGAGGAAAAGGUUCAGGAUCACGUUGCGGAAUGGGUUCAAAAAUCUGUCGCUACGGAAGUUUUAAUUACCGGCGAAAUUGAAGAAGAAGAAAACGAAAUCCCAAGUAAUUGUCGGCGAAGAAGAAGGAAUCUCAGAGAUAGGAGAAGUAGAAAGAGAGAAAACGAAGAUCUUCCUUCGGUGUCUACCAGAAAAUCCCAAAGGAUCGUCAGUAACAUCAUAAAACGAAGUAUUAAAUGUUUGAACAAGAUGCACGCGAUGGAAGGUUCCGGUGGAAACGGGAAGAAGGUGGAUGCUGCGGAGAAGACGAGAGAGGAGGAUUCGUCUAGAACGUCACCAAAAGUCCCUCAAAAUCAACAAAAUGGUGCAGCACUUCCGGAAGAAACCGCAGCAGCAUCAACGACGACCGCGGAUCGUCUUCGAUCGUCGUCGAUAAAGAAGGAACCUUUAUGCGACACGGAUUUAGAAACGGCGGGAAAAGCUUUGUCCUCGUCCGAUGGUUCGCAACAAAAGGAACGUGCACCUACGCGUUCUCUGAAAUCCGAGGUAGCUGAAAGUAGCAGAAAACGUAAAUCAACGGACGGACAGCUGUCCUCUAAUGGCAAUUCCGCACCGAAAAAGUUUUGCCUUGAACAAAGAGAACAAUAUAUAUCGUUUGUCGUUGGCUGUGAGAAACUUAGCGCCGAUGAACUCGCCGUAAGAGCUGACCAACUACGCGCUGAAGUUCAGGCCCUUGACGAGCUAGCCCGUGCCAAAGAAAUGGAAUGGAAUGAAAUCUUAAGUAUGAGAAAGCUUAAAGAAGAGGCGUACCUGAGAGUUGAAAGGAGGAGGCAAGUUUUAGGAUUCAUGGAAGGAAACAGGCAGCUGGGAGAAACCUUACCACCAGCGAGUUUAUCUUUGGGACCGGAAUGGGAAAGCAGCGAUAGCACGACGCCCGUGCCUAAAGAGAAAUGUUCUUUCGAAUCGAAGGAAGACGUUCCCGAAGAAACCUCUCAAGAUUUACCAGCUUACAAGAAAGACAAGAGUUCAAAAGCGUCGUCGCAUAGACAAGUAACACCACCUAAGCAAACCGGCGAGAAUGGACGAAAACAAACAGAAGCGAUGAGCCCUGAAAAUAGACAAAUUGGGGAAGGUCGCCAGGGCACAAUCGUUGAUGUUAGAUCCAUUAUCGCUGACUACAGACUUAGACAUCCGGAAAUGGUACCACGAAGGGGUCGGAGAAUGAGGAAUUCGGUAAACGUCGGUUUGGGUGCGGGCGGAGCUAUGGUCGAAACCGGGCACAAUGUAGACUCGCGACCAUCCAGUACAGAUUCCUGUAAAAGCAAUCCAAAUGCCACUGAUCCUAACAAUUCCAUGAGCUUCAAAGACGUGCUCGUUCAAUUUGCAAAGUUGAGCCAGCAACAGGGGGAACCGGUGAAAACGCCCCAGAAUUAUCCGGAUGUAACUUUGCAUCCUGUAGCGCCAUCAGCGACCCCGCAAACUACGCAAACUCAGUCGACUGGUUCAUUACUUCAUGGAAUUCUCACUAAAUCGCAAUCUCCUAGACCAACCACCUUUUCACCCACUUUAGCCAGGUUACUCACAGCUCCUGAAAGGGAAAGGAGCACUCCUACCGUUACGUCUAUACCACAGCAAAGUACUGCAACCCAACACCUUCUACAAGCGUAUCAAGGCUCUAAUCCAGUUUCCAUUAGUGAUCUCCUAUCUUCUUCCAAGGCAAGAACAGAAAUAACCAUUACGCCAGUUGUCAAUACAGCGGUGCAAUCUCAUUCUAAUAAUUUAAUUCAUGUGGAGGAUGUGGAGGAGGAAGCUGCUGUUAUAGAGGAUAGAGAAACCCGAAUUUCUUCCGGUGGAAGGGAUACCAGAGACGACAGGGAUAGCCCACCACGUUGUCAAGGUUGCCACGAACGUGCUGCACAGUUCGUGUGCGCUGGCUGUGGUAAUCAGUGGUAUUGCAGUCGCGAAUGUCAAGUCGCGGCAUGGGACGAACACUCCGAAGUGUGUUCCGGCUAAAACUGAAGCAUUAAAUAUUUCACUUGAGUAUUUAAAUACUUUUUGAAUAGACAGGUGAAACAACCUGUACAACUAAGAAUGAAUCUAGUCAAGAAACGAAGGUCAUGAGCUUGAUUCUUAACGAGCAAGAUAUGGAAGAAGUGUUAUAAGAACAUUGUAUAUUUUUAAGAGUGUUUAAGUAUGUUUAAUCUGUAAAAAUUGAACUAUGACAUUAAUUUCAAGACGGAAUGAUUGCCAAAUUUCCUGUGUCACGCUACAAGUUAUGAAUGUAGCAUAGAGAAAAGUCUUAAACGUGUUUAGAAGUAACAAAGAUCGAAAUGUAAAGGUCAUUGCUUUACUGUAACCGUUGCAUUGCCUUUAUUUGAUAUUGGGAUUACGAAAGUCGAUUUUUUAAGCAAACAUAAAACACUACUGCUCGAUCGAAACUUCAAGCAUUUAACAAUAUAUCACUAAAGAACUUACUCGCAUUCAACGGAACGAUCUACCUGUAACAUUACGUAUUCACUUAAAGUACUUUUUAUGAAAUCAAUUCUCCUUAAUAACCGUUAAAAUAUAUUUCAUUGGUACGGACGAUUUCAUUCGGUCCCUUCAAACUUGUAGUUUCAUAAUUUAUACCAACUUGCUGUUUACGCUAGUUCAGAGUUUUCAACAGUUUCAAGAAAUUCUAAUGAAAAACAGAAGAAUAUAUUUGUUUAUAAACGGAUCUAAGAGAGAGCACAAAAAUGUAGCUUACGAUACUGUAUAUAAUUUUAUACGAGUUACCAAGAGAUCGUUCAAGCUCGAAUUUUAAAGAUCAAUUAACCGUGUGCCAUGUGUCAAAUUCGUUUAACGUGGGCGGCUUUACAUGUUGGUACAAUUCAAUGUAUGGAUUAUAAUCGGAAAUGUUUUUAUAAUCUUAUUGCUUUCUUUACACUUUUUUUUUUUUAAUCCUGUAGAUUUACAUUAUAAGAAGACAAUUGCAUUUUAACUUGAAUGCAUAGAAACAAAUUUUUUUCUCGACCGUAUCUUUUAUUCGUUCUAAAAUAUACGUACGCGCGUAUCGCAGACACCGUAUUUUAUACCACAUUUGUUACCAUAUAAAAUUUAGAUUUAAUAGAUCUUUAGCUUUAGUAUAGAUUUAAGCCGUUGUUUUGUAACUACGUUGAAACGUAUUGAAAUGUUUUAAGUUGUUUUCUUUCUCUUCUUUUUUUCCUUCUGUUUCUUUUUUUCUUUCUUUCUUUUUCUUUCUUUUUUUUUUUUUAAACUAGCAUGUUACCCGACAAUGAUGGUCCCAGACAAUGUAUAGCCCAAAGUUCCUACAGGUACACAACAUUAUAUAUAUUUUUCCCAAUUACAAAGCAAACCAAAAUAAAGUUUUUAAUCGUAAAAA